CGCUGCGCGUCUGCGCAGCAGUUAGUAUUGGGGUUGGCGGCGUAUAGAGUAGCGCUCUGCAGUACUGCUGGUCGAGCGGCUUUGUUGAGCCAUUGUCAUUGUACGCUAAUUUCUGUCCCCGAAGCCUGUAGGCCUUUAUGCUGUUUACGCCCAAGAGCUUGUAGGGAGAAUCACGCGCAGUGGGUGCGAAGUACGAGUGUAACGCUUUAAUUGUGUUGACGGGAGUAGGGCCUAGGACAGCCGCGUCCAUGACGGUGAAGACAUGUUUACGCGCUACUGAAGGCACUACUGUUCGUUGAACUGCAGCUGUUUCUUUGUUGCGAUUCUGACCUAAAAUUAUUGCAUUAAUUUCGUGCAGACAUUCCGCCUGACUUCCAGGUUAUCCAGCGAAGUCAUUUCUGACGUUUCCUAGUGUUGCCGCAAGCGUUCGACCUACAAGUCGGCAGGUGGGUUGCGCGUCCGCUGUCGUCUUUCGACUGCAAGUCUUCAGGUUACCCAACAGUUUUUCGAGCAAUGGAGUCCCCAACGAAGGUCGGCACGGUCAACGGCACGCUACAAACGGCCACUAAGCAUCAGGACAUGAGGCUGGAAACCGGCGUCGAAGGUAAUGGCUACGGCCGCGCGGAAACCAUUGAAGAUAUCAUAUCGGAACUCAACGCCACGGCCAAGAAAGACGUACCGUUGUCUGAAGAACCUUUCGACGUCAUGUUGCUCGGACAACAAUCCCUUGUUCCUGACGACCGGUGCGAUCCGACUACAGAUUCGAAGGCUCCAGCAUCCAGCAUUGUAGACGGCUGCGAACGGGACAGCACGCCGGCUUCCACGCGUGAAGAAUCCAAGCCACCGACUGUAGCGACGAGCGUUUCCGUCUCUGCAGAAGGUGAGAACAUUGUAGCGUCACGCGCAAGUGAAAUUGAUUCAGAGGAUGCCAGCAAAGUAGAAAAUGCAGCCAACGGCGAUAGCAAUCAGCCUUUAAAAUGCCAGAAAGCUUCGGAAUACAUAAACACACUUGAAACUGACGCAGCAGAAAAGCCUGUGAAUGAAUGCAAUGACAAAGAAACAACCAAGGCUGUCCCAGAUUUGACGGACGCAGAUGUUGGUUCAGACGAGGUUAUCACAAGUGAUAUAAAGGCUCCAGAUGAGGCUGUAAUGUCACCCCGCAGGACUGCCCGCCAGAGAACGGCCAGUCUAAAGUUGACAGAGAGUGUCACCAGCACUCCCAGCCGCAAGCGUCGCCAUGGCAGUGAAGCUUCUGAUGUGUCUUCUGUUGAUACACCACCUUCAACAAAGCAAGAAUCAAAACAAAGUUGCAUUACAUCAGACAGUGAAGUUGAUGUUCCCCUUGCAAAAAGGAGGUGCAGAAUGUUAAGUGCUGAUGGUAGUGGUACCAAGGCCACAGUGAAAACCAACAGGCUUACUUCAGACAGUGAAGGUGACAGCCCUCUUGUGAAACUAAAGCGCAGUCCCAAACUUGCGAACAGGCUUGCUUCAAAUAAUGAAGGUAAUAGCUCCCUUGCAAAAAGAAAGCGCAUUCCCAAACUUGCAAGCAAGGUUACUUCGGAGAGUGAAAGCGACAGCCCACUGGUGAAAAGGAUGGACAGUGCCAAAGUGGCAAAGAAAAUAACAGAGCAUAGUCAAACAAGGAAAGGUGAUGUACAGUCUGCAGAGCCUCCUAGUAAGAAGAUAUCAAAAAAGAACCUAUUGGAGGAAUUCCCAGAAAAUAAAAUAGUGGUGAAAAGUGACAAUGACGGGCCAGGUCUGCAAAGUUCUGAGCAGAAUAGCACCAAAAGAGGCAAGCCCACAGACAGUAAAAGGGUGCAAAACUUGGUAAACAAGGCUAAGAGAAAAGCUGUUCAUGAAGAACGUCCACUGAGCAGCACAUCUGUCGAUCACAGCACACAUGAAAGUCGUGAGGAGUCGUGCGAGGUCUCCAAGCCAAAAAAGGCCAAAGACAAGGCUGGCAGCAACGUUGAGGGCAUUCUGGACAGCAGUGGUGCAGCGUCUGCCAUGGUUGGAAAAAAGAAGAGGCUCAUGAAAUCUAAGGAACUAAAGAAUGAUAGCGCUAUCAGUCUGAAUGUUGGAGACAUUGGUGGCAGUGUUGACACUGAAUCAGAUGAGACAGGGAACAGUUUCCUCGAACAGAAUAGCUUUGCCCAGUCAGCUGAAGCUGUGUCAUCGUGGUCGCCAAACCAUUUUAAAGCCUCUGAUCAUCGUCUUCAGAAAUCCAUCCAGCUAAGUCUUAAAGACUGGGUGCCAUCUGUCAGACCAUCCUAUCUGACUAUCGAAGUUCCGUCAGUUAAUGCAAGAAGGAUGUGGGGCCCCGGUUUCAGUCGCCAAAGGCCAACCGUUGUAUUUGGUGGAUGUGACCCACUGAAUACAUAUGUAAAUGUGGACGGUGUUCGUGUUCUGCUACUUCAGUGGCAGAAGGUCUCAAAUAUCAUCCCAACCAUUCGCCUUACGGACAUCUUUCAGUGCUUCAAGCAUACGUGAACAAACUGUUUAUUCCACUAUGAAUACCUCCAUGCUGCUUCAUUUAUUUUACAGUGUGUUGCUGUUCGUGCUUCGCAUCUGCAUUUCUUAUGGCUUUCUUUUUCUGCACAUCAUCACUGUUGGCAUGACAUUGGUCUGGUCACAACAAUGAAUUACACUGUUGAUCAUUCAGAUUAGGCACAAAUGUUCGGCAGCAUUUCUGUUGUUCCCAUUGGACCUGUGUGGUUUCUCAAUUGUGCUGAAGUAGUGCAUGCUACUAGUCUUCUGUUUGCAAUGUAUUUUGACCACCAUACUCUUCUGUCGACAGUGAUCUUCAUGCUUCUUUUUUAAAUAAAACAUUGUAAUGGA